AUCUUUUCUCCCUGCUUCUUCAUGCGCUUGUCAUGAAUGGCAGUGACAAAUAUCCGUCGAACCAGUCUCUUCCAACUGAGCAUGCGGGGGGCUUUCUGUGACGUUUACGAGCUGCGGUUCCUACCGCCGACGGAAGCAGCCGAACUAGCCCACCAGAAUGGUCGAUUUCCAGUUGGGAAGCCCAGGCUGACAAGCACUUCGUCCACCUCCAGCAUCUUUGACGUUCCAUGGAAACCCAAUGCGUCCAGUCGUCUCUGCUCCGUGUGCACCGACGCAUUUGGAGUGUUUCGCCGACGCCGUCAUCAUUGCCGACUCUGCGGCAACCUCGUGUGCAAUGCAUGCUCCUACGCACGUUCGUUCGUGCGGAAGCCAAGCUUGGGGUCCUAUGCGAAGCUCGAGCGGACUUGUACGACCUGCUCCUCCACGCUGCGCCAGCUCAUGGAUAUCGGUGACUCGCGAGUGAAGCUCACGGUCUCGGCUAUUCCCCUCUUUCAUCGAAGCAAGUCCGCCCCUGUGAAGGGCUCGGCCAACCCAUCCACGAGCAAUGCUUCUAUCUCGGCCUCCGCCACCGCAGAACCAACAGAACCGAGCCCCUCGUCUUCUGUGUACAUUGUCUCGUCAGCAUGGUACAGUGGACACCUUGCCAAGGACAAGGCAUGUAUCGGGCCGAUCUCAAACCAUACUUUGGUCUCGUUCUUCGAAGGCAAGUUGAGGCCAAACCCCACAGUUCGAUCUCAAGACUACUCAUUCGUGGACGAACGUGAAUGGUUGAGUCUGGUGAAAACGUACGGCGGUGGGCCGACCAUUACGACAGCACUGCCUUCGUCCAAGUGGAUCAUCUCGUUCCCCUCCCACCAACUAAAGCAUCAGGAACAUGCCCACCUCGUGUCUUCGUAUGCAGAUACCGUGACGUCAGUGGCAAUCGAAGCCAAGUCGAGCGACCUACCGCCGGCAGUUCCUUCGCCCCAUGUUCGAGCCAGACGAGCCGCGGCGGCAUUUGCAGAAGCGGCCAGCGCUGCGCGAAGGGAGGCUGAAUCUAUGGCUACCCGCAAGUCCAUGGCGUCCGUAGCCGACUUCGAAGAACUCAGGCAAAGCUUGAGCUCGCGCCACUCAAUGUAUUAAAUGUUAGGGUUGAUGCAGUCUGUUAUCCGUAUAAUAUUAUUUCACACGUCCAAGUGUCCGCU